CGCAUAUAUUAAUAUUAAUCGGGUACGUGACUUUCAGCUCGAGCGGUGCUAUCCUUGUAGAGACCCUACAUACAUACUUCGUCCUCCUCCCCUCGUGCACGGAUUGGUUUCGUCGCCAUGUUAACAUCAACUCACCGUAGGACACGAGCGAGAUGACGGAGUCGCCUGUCAUACCCUUACCCCUGACGCAGAACUUCCCGCGUUCUCAAUCCAUGAUCGUGUCAAAGGGACCAGAACUAGAGAAAUGGAAAUCAAGAGUGCCUGUAGCCGGGGACUCUCCCAUGGUUCCUAAGCCACUUUUCUCGUCUUCCAAAUGUGUUGUCGAGGCAGAGACAGCGCCGCCAUCAGUAGACCCGGCGACCUUUCCAGUGUCGCCAGUGAGCACUUUCGUAGCCACCGCGGGUCCAACGCCAAUAUCGCCGUCGCCGUCGCUGUUUCCUUUGCCCCCGGGCGCAGAUGGCAUUGUUGCAAGUCCUGUAGGAAUAACGGCGCCGGGUUCCUUGCAUCCAUCAAAUUCGAUAAACUCGGUAAUUACAAGCAGUUCGAUUUAUUCUCAAAGCACUACUGGCAAUGCGAGGCCAUCAAUAAGGCCGCGCCCAGCAAGCUCGGUUUACUCGCAGAAUACUCUUCCGACAGUGGGAGUAACGGCAAUGGCAACAUCGUCACCACGGACGCCUACCAUGACGAAUUGGUCGUCAGCCCUGCCUGGUUUACCUCUCGCAGAGGUGCAAGCACACCAGCAACCCCAAAUUAUGGCGCCUAUGGAGCGUGUCGUCGAGGAGCCGCAACCAUCGCCUCAACAAUUCCAGCCUCAAAUACAAGUCCCCAGACUGCGAAGUCCGAGCCUACCGCAAGAUCGGGGUAAUAGGAGAAGGACAUACUCCGGUCCACUGGGAGGAAGUGCAAAUAUGCAUGGGUUAGAAACGACUAGCAUUGGUAGCCGGCCGUUUGUGGAAAGCCCUGAGCCAGUAUCAUAUCCCGAACCGAGGGCAGCGGUCGUUGAAUAUGAAGGAAGAGAGUGGCAGCUACAGAAGCCAUCCGACAUACAUAAUAUCCCACCUAAAAACACCGUAUACCGGUCGCACGAGCCGGACAUCUCGAGGUCUGUAUCGUACGCUUAUCACAAGGCCAACAAAGAGUCGACGUCUUCAUCAUAUUCACAAACAAUGCGCAUACAUCGCGAUCCUGAUCCCACCUCGCCGCGUGCGAGCAUGGCGGAUUCGCACACACCGAUCCGCGGACCUGGGCAGCGGUCUGGGUGGUGGAGCGACGAAGACGAGGACAUCGAGCAGGGACGGAGGAAUAGCUUCAGUUAUGCCGCGAUAGGCAUGAAAGAGAAGCCCGUCACUGAGGCAGGCCGCCAGCGAGCGAGGAAGAUCAAGAUCAUUGUGGGCGUUUCUAUACUUCUUGUUCUUGUUAUUGUGGGAGUCGUCGUGGGGGUUACUGUGAGCAUGCGGUAGCACGGGAGGAAAAGACACGCACAAACGUACGAAUUUACAGAAAGAACACAGAGAUUAUACACCUUGGUAUCUAUUUAGCGAGAGGUGCUGGAGUCAGCUUCAAAAGAUGUUGGCGUUAAUGGGUUUGGGAUAGAUGGGGCUGAGCGAUUGUGUUCCAUCGGAGUUGGGGAACUGGCCAAAUGUAUGGCUCACUUUGGAACCUAAUACAGAGCUGCACGAUACCUGACAAUUCAAAAUGAUACAAGUCCCGAUACCAUAUAAAACUCUUCUUCAAUUACUUCAUUUACAAUGUUGGUAACUGUAAU